AUGCUGAAACAGAAGGCGGCGUCGGUCAAAUAUCCGAGAAGUUCGAGACCAAAUAAAGGUGAGCUGAGGGAUUUUGGGGAUUUAAGGGAACUCUGAAAAUUAAAAAAAAAGUCUGAAAAAUAUCCCCGAAAAUUUAUAGUUUUCAGAAGAUUUUCAGCCAAAAAAAAUUUCAUCCAAUAAUUUUUUCGUAUAGUUUUGGAUGAAAAAUUUUGUCACUUUUUACUGGAAAAUGAUAUAAUUUUAAAAUCUGAAAAUAUUUUUUUAAAUUUCAAAAUUUGCCACGUGGAUUCUGGAACCUGAAAAUUAUACUUUUCUAGAAUUUUUCAGAAUCUUAAAAUUUUGUAAGCUAAAUUCUUCCUGAAAUUAAAAUUUGCCACGUGGAAUCUAGAACUUGAAAAUUUCUUUUUUCUAGGAUUUUUCAUAAUUUAAAAGUUUUGUAAGCUUAAUUUUUCCUGAAAUUUAAUUGCCACGUGGAAUCUCUGGAACUUGAAAAAAAUUUCAGUUUUACAAUUUUCGCGCUCAUUUUGGACGUUCAGAGUUCGGAUCGCUCUGAGACCAAAAAUGAAUACUGUAGCACUUUUUUUGGCUGUGUUCCUUUUAGCUUUUCCCUCAUUUUCUCAUAAAAUUCGAAUUCCACGUGGAAUUAGCUUCUUAAAAACCAAUUAAUUUUCGAUUCUCAAUAGAGCGCACUUUAUCACCCCCGUAUUCAAAUAUUCAUUUGAAAACAGAACUAGAUAUUUACGUCACGCACUUUUCCAGGCGCCAAAAUUUGGCUAAUUUACUAUUAAAACGAAAAUUCUUGUGCUAUGUAGGAGGGAGCGGAUCAUUGAGAUGAAACCUGGCUAUUUUUGGGACCACUGAAAAAUUUUCUGGGCCCAGCAAGGCUCAGAAAAGGUCCAGAGUCCAUUUUUUCAACUCAUAAAUGACAUCAUUUUUGGGUUGUUCUUGUUGUUUUAGUUAUUCAUGUUCGUAUGUAUUUUUGAAGGCACAUCGCUGGAAAAAAAAGAAAAAACACAUGAAAAAUCAACAUGACAACGAUUUUUGAGAGCCUAUAACAUAAGAUGGAUUUUUUCUGGGUGCCUAAAAAUAGCAUUUUUGGAUUUUUGAGCGGGAAGAUCUAGAGGUUUUUGAAAUUUGAAAUUUUUGCGCCAAAAAUGCCACGUGGAAUUUUUUUCGGGAUUUUUGAGCCGGAAAAUCUAGAUAUUUUUGAAAUUCUAAAUUUUGUAUUUAAAAAUUCAGAUUUGAAUUUUCUUGAAAAAUCUAGAGCUAAAAAUGCCACGUGAAUUUUUUUCGGGAUUUUUUGAGCCCAAAAAUUCAGUGAUUUUUGAAAUUUGAAAUUUUCGCUCAAAAAGUUCAGAUUUUAAAUUUUUCCUUAAAAAAUUCAGAUUUAAAUUUUCUUGAAAAAUCUAGCACUAAAAUGCCACGUGGAUUUUUUUUUCGCAGAUUUCUUUCCAAAUUUUUAAAUUUUGAAUUUACCUCAAUGUGAUUUUUUUUUUGAAAUUUUCCUUGAAAAAAAUGCCACGUGGAUUUUUUAAAACUUAAAUUAAGCGUUAAAAAUGCCACGUGGAUUUCUAAAAUUUCAAAAACUUUGAAAAUCCUCUCGGUCAGAAAACGGCGGAGUCGCUACCAAUCGGGGCGGAGUCGCUACACGUUUUGGGGAACAAAAAAUGUGUAGCGACUCCGCCCCGAUCGGUAGCGACUCCGCCGUUUUCUGACCGAGCUCUCUUCGCUCCAAAAAAUUCAACUUUUCUGCAAUUUUGCGGCACAGUUUUUGCAGCACAUUCAUUUUUCACUUUUUCUCUUUUUUCCAGCACAAAACUUUUUUAUUUUUAUUUUCAACGCCAAAAAUCCUACCCAAUUAUCUUGUUUUGGCCGCUUCUUUUCACUAUUUUUCCAUUUUUCCAACACAAAAAUGACGUUUUCAAAAAAUAUUUGCUUGUCAAAUUUGUUUUGCACCGCACAGAAAAAAGUUCAUCCAAAUUUUGAAUUUUCAAAUUUUCCCGUCAGAAAAUUUGCCAAAACACCAAUUUUCCAUGAAUAUCAAAUAUCACUUUUUGAAUUUUUUUUUGUAGAAAAAAUAAAAAUAAGAAUAAAAAUAUGAAAUAAAAUCCACACAUUGUUUUGUUUUCUGCAUAUUUUUUUCGUCUGAAAAAAACACGGAAAAAAAAGUUUUUCGGUCUGAAAAACAUCAUAAAAUAUUCGAUUUGACCAGUUUUUUUGGUGUCAGUUUUUUUUUCAAAAAAAUGUUUUUCUAGUAGAAAAUUUUUGGAAAACUGGAUUUGCCAGAGCCUCAGGGAACUUAAGGUAACUUUAAGGAACCUUAGGGGAGAGUUAGUGAACUUAGGGGAUUUUUGGAGGCCUGAAAUAUAUUUUCUGAAAUUUUUUUACGCUGAAAUAAAACUCUGAAAUUUCAAAAAUUCUAAAUUUUAAGCUGAAAAAGAAAUUGAAGAAGAAUUUCAGAGAAUUCCAGAAUUUUCCAGAAUUUUCAGCCCCCAAGAUCAUUGAACACUAGAUAGCUCUAAUGAUUUAUAUUCUUCGCCCUUUUUUCUUCUUUUUUUCCCUGUUUCCUCAAAAAAUGUAUCAUUUUCAGCGGAAGUACUUGACCAGGAUUUUUUCCCAACAAAUUGUUUUUUUUUCUUUUCUUUUUAUUUUUCAUCCCAGUUUUUUGCAGAAAUGAUAUCUCUAUCGGUUCCACGUUCAUCUCGUUCGCUGUCACCAGCCAGAAGUGCGCCAAACUCACCAAUGACUCGAAAUUGCCCGAAUGGUGCGCUGACAGUUGGCACUGGAGUAGGAGGAGGUAGGGGUUUUUAUUGGCAAUUUUCCCCCCGGGCCCUCAGCACUCCGUUGUGGUCUAGUGGUUAGGAUUUAUGGCUCUCACCCAUAAGGCCGGGGUUCGAUUCCCCGCAACGGAAGAAGUUUUUUUUUUUUUUUGCAACCUUUUUCAAAGAAUCUCAUUUUUCAACGAAAACGAGACGCGAGAUCAAAUUAUAUACACUUUUUCUUCUAUUCUUCGCAAAAAAUGUUGCAUUGUUGUAGCAACUUCCUGUAGUUGUUUUGGAUCCUCCACAUCCCAGAAAAAAAAUUAUCCAACUAUUGUUAUUUUUGUUUUUCAUAUCAAAAAAGCUUAGCGGAUUUUUGUAGGAAAAGUACGAAUUUCCUUGGUUUUUUCGAGCUCUAGUCAAAUGACAAAAAUUUGUUUUGAUUUUUUGAGCAAAAAAUUUUUGUGGUGAUUCAUCAUUUUUUCAAGGCUUCCCGGAUGAUUUUGGACAAAAUCCGAACAAAAAUCUUCUUAUUUUUCGGAUUUUUGUUUUGCAGGAAAGCAAGAAAUUUGAGAAUUUUUGGAUUUUUAAGCUACUUUUUAUGUUGGAAAAUUUGAAUUUUGGAAAAAUAAAUCUAAAAAUUGAAAACACGUGGAUUUUAAGCUCAAAAUUUCUGAAAAAAAAUUCAAAAAUUUGGAUUUUUCGCGCUAAAAUUCCACGUGUUUGUAUUUUUUUUAAUUUUUUGAAUUCAUUUUUUUCGCACCGAAUUGUCAGAAUUCAAAAAAUAUCUGAUUAAAUUUCUGUCUGAAAAUUUCUGAAAAUCCACGUGGAUUUUUAGCUCAAAUCAAAUUCUCCUCACUUUUAAGUCCUCGGAAAUCCCCCUUUCCCACGUGGAUUUAGUGAAAAAUGUUUUUGAUCUACCAAAAAAUUUUCCCAGGACCCAAAAAUUCAAAGUCCAAACAAAGUCUAGUCACCCGAUUUCCUCGAGUUUUCCCCCCAGGAAAAAUAUCAUUUUCAGAAAUUCGGGUAUUUUUUUCUCGCUCUGACAGACCACCCCAUGUAUCUCCCACCCGGAUUUCCUGCUGUGUGUGGUUCAAAAAUGUCUGCCCCCAGAAAAUCCUCCCAUUUUUUUGUCUGUAUCAAAUUUCCACCAAAUUUUUUUUUCAUUCAAAUUGAAUUAAAAAUAUAUACACAUAGUAGUAGAUAUAAGAAAAAUACAUAAACACGAAAAAUUCAAUUUUGCUCGUAGUUUUUUUUUAUUUUUCAUUCUGGAAAACUUCUACGAUGUGUCGUACUUUUUUUUUGGAAAAAAAAACUUUUUUAGGAAACGCCCCAGGGCUCGAAAUUUUGACCACUCACUUUUUUUAUUUUCGUAAAAAAAUAUAUAAAUGUAGUUAUACUAACUUAAAAAAUAUGAAAUCAUUUUGUGGUGGAGCAAAAUUUCAUAGUCUUAACUAGGCUAGGCUUAGGUUAGGCUAAGAUUCGACUUGGGCUUAGCCUAAGCCUAGGUUGGGUUAGGUUAGGUUAGGCUUAGCCUAGGCAUAGCCUAGUUAUUUCCGCUUUUUUACCAACUAAAAAAAUGAAAUCAUUUUGUAGCCCAUUUUUUUUCGAAAAAAAUGGGGGAAAAAUUUCAUAGUUCACUUGGUUUCAGCAAAAAAAAUGUAUAGGAUUUUUUUUUUGGAAAUACGUAGCUAUUCAAAAAAUCAUGACGCGUUUUGGACUUAUCUCAUCUCAUCAAAACAAAAUAUUAUGAUAUUAUUAUACAGUGGCGUGCAUUAGUGAUGCAUACUUGUGUUUUUUUGGUCUAGGAAGGGUGAAAAUAGUCAGAAUGGGGUGAAAUUUGGCAAGAAUACGUAAAUCAGUCCUAAAAAUUAUCUAAAAUCGAAAUAUGACUGAUUUUGAUAUUUUGCCACGUGGAAGUUAUAUGACGUGCAAAAUGAUGAAAAUCGCAUUUUUCUCAAUUUUUGCAAAACCAACUCCAAUUUCUUUUUUUGUUCAAUUUUUGUUAGUUUUCGAGUUAGACACUAUAUUUUAGCUCAGUUCAGUUAUUUUGGUCCAACAAACCAAGUGUUUUGAUAGAAAAUGAGAUCUAUAGUAACCUCCUGAAAUUUAUACCUUCACUGAAGCAUGCCAUCGUUUUUGACCAUGGCUGAAAGGGUGAAAAAUAUGUGGUUUGAUUGAUAUUAUGGACUCAAAUGUUGUCAAACAUCAUCAAAAACAUGUUUUGAAAGUUUGUCCUGACAUGGAACUACCAAUUCAGAAUUAUGCUGGGACAAAUGAAAAAUCUUGAUUUUCAACUUUCGGAAUAAUUCGAAGUUCAUGAUUGAUUUUUUCUUAUUAAGAGGGUUUUUAACGGUAUUUUUCUGCGAAUUCUACUCGAUGGACCACUGUGCAUCAAAAUCAAUCCCGAUCAACCGAUCUAUCCGUGAAAAAUAUCAUUUUAUUGAAUGGUUUUCAACGGUUUUAUGGAAAUCUCAAUAUGAACAUUUUGUCUGAAUAUUACUGCGGGCAUAAUUUUUUUUGUUAUCAUCCCAAAUUGGCUCAAAUAUGUUCAAAAAUCGUUUUGAAAGCUUUUUUCAUGAUUUCCUUGGGUUUUCUAUUUAAAUUUUUCGAAAAACAGUGUUUUAGUAACGCCUGGUUUUCAUUCGACCACGUUAAUUGAGCGUUAUCGAUUGGUAGCAUCACCAAAUUAUGAGAUGAGUUGGAAACUGAUAAUAAUCUAUGAUAACUUUGAUUCAGAUAUAUCAAAGGAACAUAUUCAGGUCAUUAAAACCCACUUUCAAGCUUCUCUCAAUAAGGUAUGCAUGAAAAUUGAGCAGUUUGUUAGACAGAAAUUUUAACAUUUUUUACAUAUCCUCUAAUAAAUUGGAACAAGUUGAUCAAUUUUCAUAUGAAACUUUUCAAAUAAGUUUUUGAUGAUGUUUGACAACAUUUGAGUCCAUAAUAUCAAUCAAACCACAUAUUUUUCACCCUUUCAGCCAUGGUCAAAAACGAUGGCAUGCUUCAGUGAAGGUAUACAUUUCAGGAGGUUACUAUAGAUCUCAUUUUCUAUCAAAACACUUGGUUUGUUGGACCAAAAUAACUGAACUGAGCUAAAAUAUAGUGUCUAACUCGAAAACUAACAAAAAUUGAACAAAAAAGAAAUUGGAGUUGGUUUUGCAAAAAUUGAGAAAAAUGCGAUUUUCAUCAUUUUGCACGUCAUAUAACUUCCACGUGGCAAAAUAUCAAAAUCAGUCAUAUUUCGAUUUUAGAUAAUUUUUAGGACUGAUUUACGUAUUCUUGCCAAAUUUCACCCCAUUCUGACUAUUUUCACCCUUCCUACACCCAAAAAACACAAAUAUGCAUCACUAAUGCACGCCACUGUAUAAAUAGCUCGCCCUUAUCCAAAAAUAUUAUUUUUCGGAUUUAUUUUUCUGUUUUUUAUUUUUUUGUUGAUGAAAAUGAUGAUGUGGAUGAUAUUUUUUAUGAGUUAGGAUAACUUGAUUUGGGUGACGUGGCAUUCUGGAUUUUUUAGGGUUCUAUAGGCUCUCUAGGCUCUCUAACCUCUCUCUAAAUCACCCUCCAGACAUUCUGAAUCAUAUUUGUAAUGUUAAAAUUAUUUUCCAACCAAAAAUCACCGCUCCAAUUUUCUCCCCCACCUAUUAUUAACUCUCUGAAAAAAUAUUUCAUAUUUUAUUUUUCGAAAAAAAAAACAACCCCACAAUUAUUCAUGACAUUUUGCACACAAAUGUCAGAUGCACAAUUUUUCGCGUACUCUUUUUCAGUCUCUCUCUCGAUUUGAUCAUUGGAACCCUAGAAGAAGAUCUUGUUCCCCCCCCCCAGAAAAUAAAAAUAGAAAUUUAGAAGUCAUCAUGUCAACAUCAACAACAACAUCGGGAGGAGCAUCUCGCGAUCGAGCCGGCUCGAUUUCCUUGUCGCCACGAAGUACAAUUCCAGUUUGUCAGCAAUUGACGCCGUCACAGGUUUGUUGUCUGCAAAAUAUCCAUGAACACUUGAAAAAUAAUUGCGAGCUCUUGAACUUUUGUCAAUUUUGCAGGUGUCAACAGUUCGAAGAUCGUGGCGACAUAUUAAUACGAAAGGAUUGAUCGUUGUGCUCACGAGAUGUUUUUCAAGGGUUUGUGAUGGGGGAAAAGUUGAUUUGAAAAAUAAAUAAAACAUUUUGAAAAAAAAAUUUCCCGCUCUCGUUUAUUUUCGGCGCGACGAGACCCUGUGUGUGUUUCAACUGUUGCGUCUUUCAAAAACUACGGUAUUUUUGUUUUUUCCGGAUUUUCGAGGGUUCUGCAUGAAAAAAAGGCAGAAAUCAACCGGAAAAUACAAAAAAAAAUUAUUUUUUGUUGUGAAUCAAAGGCGCAUCGAUUUUUAAAAGAUGUGCGUCUCGUCGCGACGAAAAGAACUACGGUGUAUAUUUUUUUUAAAGACACACAAUCCACUAGAAAUGAACAGAAAAUGAGUUUGUUAUUCUUUCUCAACACCUUUCAAGUAAUCGGAAUUCAUAAAAAUCAAGAAAAAAUUUUGAGUCUGGCAAAAGUGAAAAAACAAAAUAAUUGUUUUUGAAAUCGCUCAGCCGACGGGAUUUUCGAAAGAGUUUGCACACAACGAAGCAAUAGAGCGCACAUGCUGUUUUUGUCAUUUGAAAAUAAAUGCGGGAAAUCUGUUUUUUCCAGUGGCUGAUGUGUCUUUAAUUUAAAAAUAUUUUUCGCGUUUCCAGUUUUUUUUACGUUUGGCUUGGUAUAGAUAGAAUUAAGAUUUCAGGCUGAAACUAGAGUAUACAUGAAUUAGUGGAUCCGGGGACCCUUGAGUUUACCCCUCCAGGAAAUAUUUUCAAAAAGUUAACCCCCUAACCAAUUUUUUUGGGUUUUUGGCCUCUAAAGCCAUAAAAUUCUCCAAAAUGUUCAAAAGGUAAGAGCCCUACCUCCAAAAAUGCACCUAAAGUUAACGCCCCUCCCUCCGGAUUCAGAGUCCUAGUUCAUGUAUGAACUAGAGCUAGGCCUAGGGUUCGUUAGGAAGAGUUUCUGGCCCACGGGACCCGGAAAUCCAGCCUUCUCUUCAGCAUUCCUUCUCAACUUUAAUCCCAACCGAUUUCCAGCUCGAAUCCACGUGCCCAAUCGUCUCCCAAUGUUUCCAAUCAGCCACCUACUCUCUCUCCACCAACCCAAACCAAGUUCGAACUGUCGCCGAUCACGCCAAAUAUCUCCUACAACUUCUCGACAAAAUCAUCGAGGGUGAUGUAGUGAGUCACUUUUUCGUGCCCCAGAAAAGUUCCCCAACCCAAUUAUUUUUUCCAGGACACUGAACUAUUGCGUGAAAUCGGUGCGAAUCACGUGAAUCUGAAAUUGGAGACCGGUUUCAGCUCGCAAGAAUGGGACAGAUUUCAGGAGAUUAUGGUGGAGGUGAUCUUGAAGCAGGAUGGAGUUAAGCAAAGUAAAGAGACGAGUCGAGCGUGGAGAUUGUUGAUUUGCUCGAUUGUCGAGUUGAUGAGAGAUGGUUUUGAUGCUCAAUUGAGACAAUGUAGAAGGAAACAUUCCUUCAAUGCUCAUGUUCAGUAUUUUGAAAAUAUUGAGAGGUGAGUAAAGGGUUAAAACCUUAAAUUUAUUCUUUCUUAAGAACCUAAAAUAAGCCUAACUUCUGUUCUGAAAAUGUAGAACUCGAAUGAACGGUCACCCUGUAAAGAUUUUUUCCAGACGCGUCUCAGUUUGCCCGAACCGAAAAAUCUCGCUGAACGUCGAAAGUCGCCAAUCGCCAGCCAGCAUCCGAAAAUUCUCGCAAUUCUAA